AUCAUCUAUCUCUACCAGCUCUAGCUACCUUAGAAACCCCAAAAACCCAAACGAUAACUCUGUCGCUUGAGGAUCAUGGCGAAGCUAUCAGCUGCAAGAGUCAUUUUCUGGGUAGCCUUGAUGGCUCUUGCAAUGAGCUCUCUGGCACGACCACUACUUCUGCAUAAGAGAAUUGAGAGCCGCCUUCUUUUACUAGAAUUAGGCUAUGAUGAAAAAUCGUUGGGGCAUUACAAACAGGUUUUCGCAUCAACUGCAGGUGGAGAUAGGCUUUCACCCAGUGGACCUGAUCCUGAACAUCACUCUCACCCUCCAAAAAUGCCCUGACCAUUUUGUUGUCUCAAUAAUGCUUAUCUUUCUGGAGAAAUUUUUUCAUACAAUAAGGAUAUGACAUCAACGUAUCUAGUAAUAUAAUGAUAUAUCAGCAGGUGUAACCUUUACUUGUAAUUAAAAAAUUAAUUUAUUA